GAGUGACAAAAGAUUAAACUUGAAUCCCAAAGAGAUGAGAGACUUCGUCAACAAAUCAGAGACAACAGUCAGGAGUUGAGAGAGUUAGAGUCAAAGUUAUGUGCUGGAUACAUGAACAAGGAAAGAGCAGCUCAACUUUAAUUGGAACCAAAAGAUAUGAAAGUCAUUCUGGUGGCGAGAGAGAGAUUCAGCGAACAAUGCUGGAGCUGUUGAACCAGCUUGACGGGUUCGACUCAAGAGGUGAUGUGAAAGUCAUAAUGGCUACCAAUAGGAUUGAGACUCUUGACCCCAGCCUCAUUAGACCAGGUCGUAUUGAUAGAAAGAUUGAGUUUCCUCUACCUAACGAGAAGACAAAGAGACGAAUAUUCCAGAUACACACGAGCAAGAUGACACUAGCUGAUGAUGUAGACCUUGAGGAGUAUAUAAUGGCUAAGGAUGACCUCUCUGGUGCAGACAUUAAGGUGAGGAUUGAUUACAGUACAUGUACUUGUGAUCUUGUAAUUGCAGUAGAUAUAAUUCUUGUUGGCUAAUGAUGUUAUGAUUAUGUGUAUAUUAAGAUUCACACCUCAU